AUGCUGACAAUCUCUAACGAUUCACACCACAUAGCCAAGUUACCCCCCUACGAGAAGCCCAAACAGCAAGCAGCCCAACCCUCCGAUCUCAACGUCACCUACACAACAAGCACAAUGUUAAUGGCGUGUGUUCUACUUAUCUUGUCAUUGGCCAUUCCUAUCUACAACACUUGUUUCCUUUUCAAGCAGGAACGGCGGGCAAAGCAGCAGGAGCAGCAGGAGCAGCAGGAGCAGCGGGAAUGGCAGGUCAAGCAGCAGGAGCGGUUUGAGCGAUCGUUCGAGCGGUUGUUCGAGCAGCGGGAACGGCGGGAGCAGGAAGAGCAGCGGGAACGGCGGGCCGACCAGCAGGAGCAGCGGGAAUGGCGGGCCGAUCAGCAGGAGCGCUUUGAGCGGUUUUUUGAGCGGUUGUUCGAGCAGCGGGAACGGCGGUCCGAGCAGCGGGAUCAACAGUUUAAGGAGCCCGUCAAGCAGCGGUUCCGUGCACUGGAGCAGCUUGCUGGACACACCAGGGGAAAUUCCAGGGCACUGGUCAGCCAGUGA